AAGAAGAAGAAGAAGAAGAAGAAAAAGAAGAAGAAGAAGAAAAAGAAGAAGAAGAAGAAGAAGAAAAACAUAAAACCAGACUCAAUCAGGAACAGAAGUAACAAGCAAAACUGGUUACUUCAUGGAAUGAGCACCUAAUAGCACAAGAAAGGAUCAAAGCUGUAUCGAAAAACAAAUCAUGUGGUCUUCAGAAAUGAGGAGAAAUGCAGCCAUCUGAAAUGGUCAUGAACCCCAAACAAGUCUUCCUCUCGGUGCUGAUAUUUGGGGUAGCGGGGCUACUCCUGUUCAUGUAUUUGCAAGUCUGGAUUGAAGAGCAACAUACAGUUGAAGAACAGCCCUUCUCAUCUCAGUUCACCAGGGACGGCUGGUGCAGCUACCAGCCCAUUGUCCUGCGUGUUCCACAGGAGGAUUCUAAAUCGGUGCCAUGUCCGUGA